AUGGUUGUGGACGUUACUACCAUUUUGCCAGCCCUAUUUAUAGCUGCAUCCAUUGUGGGAAUGCUCACCAGCAUCUUCAUCCUGUCUGUAAACGUCCAUUCUCUGAUAAAAGGCCAACACUUGAACCCAAGUGACCUCUUGAUUAUUUCUCUGGCCUUUUCCAACAUGGUCUUUGUUGUUUCAAAUUUUGCCUUUUCCCUAUGUUUAUUUUUCACAACUUGUUUGGUCUUCGAAGAUCAGUUCUACGCGGAAGGUUAUCCUGUGGCGUAUGUGCUCUUCUCCAAUGCCUGGCUCAGCGCCUGCCUAUGUUUCUUCUACUUUGUGAAAGUCAGUAACUUUAAACCCAAUUACCUGGCACGGCUCAAGUCCAAGAUAAACACCCUGGUGCCAAGGCUAAUACUGGGCGCUCAAGCGUUCUCCAUCUUGAACUCACUAUUUUACAUGUUGGGGUUUUCAGAAGUGAAGACUGGAAAUUCAACACUUUCUCUUGUGACCAACCAGACUUCAGAUAUUACUGGUUACAGUAUAAACAUUUAUUUCAGUUUAUUUUUCUUGCUAAUGAAUUGCUAUAUUCCAUUCCUCAUUAUAGUGGUCACCACCAGCUUUAUCAUUGCCUCGCUCUACAAGCACAUUUGUCAUAUGCAAAAAAACAGGGGGGAGUUUGGUGGCCCCAACCUUAAAACCUAUCACAGAACAGCACUUACAAUGACCUUGCUCCUUAUUUUUUAUUUAUUCUUUUAUUCUAUAAUACUGGGAACCAACUUCUUUCUAACUACGGAGUUGAUGAUCUGGGUUUACGUCACGGCGCGGUGUCUUUUUUCCCCUAUUCAGUCCCUCAUUCUAAUCAUGGGCAACUCUAGACUGAAGAAGACCUGUGUGAACGUUUUUAGUAGCUGUAGGAAAAUGACCAGUGACGGGGAAAUGACGCCUACUAUAUGCACCUAA